AUGUCCGUCUUCAUCGUCCUUUCUCUCUUGGGAUUUCUGAGCUUCACACCCGAGGCUGCUCCAGAAUUUAGAAGUUAUUCCUGUACUAAUGGAAGCUAUUUCGGACCCAACAACAGUACAUUCCAAGCCAAUUUGAACUUUCUUCUCUCUUCCCUAACCUCCAACGCUUCUCUCCCCGACGGUUACUACCGUACCACCGUGUCCCCGUCAACCCCUUCCACCAUCACCGGGCUUUUCCUCUGUCGCGGCGACGUCACCCCCGCCGUGUGCCAGCCUUGCGUUGCCGCCGCAUCCAAGGAGAUAAGACGCCUCUGCCCAAACCAAACAGAGUCCAUAAUCUGGUACGAUGUGUGUAUGCUUCGUUACUCGAACGGGGACUUGAACGCCAUGGUUCCUUAUGUGAGUUUGCGAAACGAAGACACCAUAGCUAGCUCGGAACGGGUUCGAUUCGACGGCGUGCUGUCGAACUUGUUGAAGGAUGUGACAGCAAAAGCUAAUACCCAGACAGGGAAGAGGUUUGCUACGGCGGAAGUGAACUUCACGUCGUCGGAAACCUUGUACGGCCUCGCACAUUGCACUCCUGACUUGGCCGUUUCUACUUGUGAUUCUUGUUUCAGCAGUGCCAUUGCAUCUCUUCCAAGUUGCUGUAGCGGGAGCAAGGGGGCAAAUGUCCUGGCUCCGUCAUGUAAUAUGAGAUAUGAAUUUUAUCGGUUUUACAAUAUAACCCACUUAUCCGCUGAACCACUGGUUCCCCCUACUUCAGGAAGUAGAAAUAUCUCAAUGAUUGUUGCGAUUGUUGUUCCAAUUGUUGUUGCUUUGGCACUUCUCGUUGUGGGUUGUUGUUUCCUCCGUAAGAGAGCAAGCAAGAAGUACAACUCAUUCACAGAGGAUGCUGGGAUUGAUAUUUCAGAAAUAGAGUCUUUGCAAUUUGAAUUGGCAGCCAUAGAAGCUGCCACGAAAAAGUUCUCAGAUAAGAACAAGAUUGGCCAAGGUGGAUAUGGGGCAGUUUAUAAGGGCAUCCUUCCAAACGGACAGGAGAUAGCUGUGAAGAGGUUGUCGGUAACCUCCUUGCAGGGUGCUAUGGAGUUUAGAAAUGAAGCGGCUCUUGUGGCCAAACUUCAACACCGGAAUUUAGUGAGGUUGUUGGGAUUUUGCUUAGAAGGGCAAGAGAAGAUACUUAUCUAUGAAUAUGUCCCAAACAAAAGCCUCGACAGGUUUCUAUUUGAUCCUGAAAGGAAAACAAGACUAGAUUGGCCAAAACGCUACAAGAUUAUUGCAGGCAUUGCUCGAGGAAUGCUAUAUCUCCAUGAAGAUUCUCAACUUAGAAUAAUUCAUCGUGACCUCAAAGCUAGUAAUGUCCUACUAGAUGCUAGUAUGAAUCCUAAAAUCUCAGACUUUGGUAUGGCAAAAAUCUUCCAAGGUGAUCAGGCUCAAGCAAAUACAGGAAGAAUAGUUGGGACCUUUGGUUACAUGUCUCCAGAGUAUGCGAUGCACGGACAAUUUUCUGUAAAAUCAGAUGUGUUUAGCUUUGGUGUCUUGGUUUUAGAGAUUAUUACUGGCAAGAAGAACACUGAUUUGUACCAAUCACAUCAAGCCAAUGACCUCUUAAGCUAUGCCUGGAAUAACUGGACACGAAAAACACCUCUGGAGUUGUUGGAUCCAACACUGAGAGGUUCUUAUUCAAGAAAUGAAGUCAUAAGAUGUAUCCAUAUUGCUUUAUCAUGCGUUCAGGAGAACCCUUCUGACAGACCGUCGAUGGCAAAUAUAGUACUCAUGCUCAACAGUUACUCUGUUACUUUGUCAUUGCCUCGAAAGCCUGCAUCCUUACUGGGCAGAAGAACACCAAACAGGCAAAACAAUGUUGUUGAUUCUGACCAAUCUACAUGUUCGAUUCUAUGGUCUACAGAUGAAGCACCCAUCACUGACGUUUACCCUCGAUAAAGACUCGUUACAGCUUCAGAAUGGGGCUAACAACCUUAUUCUCCAGGUGAUCACUUCAAGAUCAUUCUCAUGGAGAUGAGUACAGAAGCUAAUCCUAGUGCUUUUGACAAUAUGAUGUGGGGACUUAACCUCUCAACACCUCUUUUUGCUGGGAUAUUCUCCUUUUGUUGGCUUUGAAGCUCUGAGUCCUUUUAUUCGUGUAUAAUAUUAGAAAUUUAGAAUAUAAUACAGGUUCUUGGAGAUUUUUUUUUGGGGGGGAGAUCUUAGAAUAUAGAAGUUUGAUACGUAGCAAAAGACUUUGUCACCCUUUUAUAAGAGUCCAAAGAACAGAGAUGUUGGUGCAUUAAUAAAUGACCUGCAUUUUCAGAUUUUACUUACCCAGAGAAGAGGAAAUUACGUAUAUCCUAGAAAUUUAGAUAUGAAUUGAGAGAAGUCUCUAGUUGGCAUGUGAUGCAAAAUUCUCUAAUCUGUCAAAAAUUGUCUGGGUCUACAAGUCUAUAAGAGAGAAUAGGAAUGAUCUAAUUUAAGCA